AUGGGUGGUUGGUGGUGGGUGGUGGAUUGCAAGGAGAGCCUAGGAAAAGGUGGUUUGAACAGAGAGGAGAGGGUAGUGACAUUGCUGACCACUUUUGAUGUCCGAAACAACUGUCCCUACACAGUUUGGGCAGCAGCCGUGCCCGGUGGCGGCCAGAGGCUUGACAAAGGCCAAACAUGGCAAAUCAACGUCCCUGCCGGCACGAAACAAGCCCGUAUCUGGCCUCGAACCAACUGCAACUUCGACGGGGCCGGUCGGGGCAGCUGUCAAACCGGUGACUGCAAUGGCCUCCUACAAUGCCAAGGUUUUGGUGUACCACCAAACACAUUGGCUGAGUAUGCCUUGAAUCAAUUCAAUAACCUAGACUUCUUCGACAUAUCGCUAGUUGACGGGUUCAACGUUCCACUCGAAUUUAGCCCUACCUCCGGUGGGUGCCAAGGCAUCCGGUGCACCGCCGAUAUCAACGGGCAGUGUCCGAAUGAGUUAAAGGCUCCCGGCGGGUGUAAUAACCCUUGUACUGUGUUCAAGACCGAUCAGUAUUGUUGCAACUCCGGCAACUGUGGACCCACCGACUAUUCGAGGUUCUUUAAGGAUAGAUGCCCAGAUGCUUACAGUUACCCCAAGGAUGAUCAAACAAGCACUUUUACUUGCCUUGGAGGAGGCGACUAUAGGGUUGUGUUCUGCCCUUAG